AUGUUGAAGGAUCUUAAUCUAUCCUGCGCAAAGAUCCUACAUCUUGGUCGGAACUUGGGAGCCAAGUACUUGGAAAUGGGAAUGACGGACGCAGAACUAAUCCGACAGAUGGGGCAAUGGGCAAAUGGUGUCUUUGACAACUCUUAUAGCACCAAGCUCCCCAUGGAAGCGAUCAGAGCAUUGGCAGGAUUUAUUGGUGGUCGAGAUGCUCCCUAUUUUCUCACUCGCAGUACUGUCGAGCCUGACAAGGACCUGCUUCUAAAAACACCUUUGAAAUGGGUAUAUUUGGCGUAUGACGCUCUUUGUGAAGCCAGACGCUGCGCAAUGAUGAUCAAGUCCCCUGAAAGGGCCGAAGCCCAUCCAAUGUUCACCGAAAUGGAGGUCUUUCAAACUGAGGAGUUUCAGGCAUUCAAAGAGCAGAUGCGACUUUCUCUGGCACAGGAGAAAGAUCCACUGGAUAACAAUCUACAAAGGGUGCUACCAGGAGUCCACCAACGAUUCGAACAAACCAAUGGAGCAGUGGCGCAGUUGACUGGAAAGGUAGAUACUAUGACAGCUGCACUGACUGCUGGAAUUGACAAACUUGUUGCCAUCCACCAAGAAACCGCAGCUCGACAACAACAAGUGGAUGUACGUGCUGAAAGAUUAGCAUGUCUGCUGGAGAAGGGAGCACAAGCUCUGCGGGGAAAUCAGGAAGAGGAGUUCACCGAUUUGCUUAGAGGAGCAGCUGCAGCUGGUGAAGGUUUCGAACAGCCGGACUCAAUGGAAAUAGAAGACAUUCUACAGGCGGCAGAUGAAGAAGCAGCGGCAACCACUCUACUUGAAGUUGGUGCUCGUACGACUACUACUACUACAAUACCCACGUUAACCACCGGCAGAUUCGGACAAUUUACAGAUGAUGGUGGUUUGACAACACAAGAAAUAGAGCUUGGCGGAACACCACACAUAACAACCCCCAGUUCUCGAUUUCGACUAAAGCCAAAGCACACAGACCUUACUGAUCUGUGGGAUGAAUGGCAUGGACUCGGCACUUUCUACUGCGCUAUUGGUGGUGUUGCUGGCCGUGAGACGAGUAUCAAGGGAUGGAGGUCUCAUUGGACGCGAUCGCAGCAGACGCAUCUGAGUCGUAAUUCGGCAUGCAUCAAGGGCAUUACUGCUUGGCAGGAACAGCACCGAAUGAAGGACGCUUAUGAAGCUUGCGCAGAUCUACAGACAGUGUUCGCGAAUGAGUGCAAGUGCACUGUGGAAAAGAUGAAGCUAUGGUUUCAAGCCAAAGGGAUCAUUCCCAAAGGAGCUCCCCGUGGCAAACAACGAAAAAAAAACUAG